AUGUACAAGCUUCAAGUGGUUCUGGUGCCACCCAGCCCAGGUACGGGAGCUUUUCCGCUCCCAAUGAACCCUCCAACAACCGAAAACUCACAGGUUCUUCCCUCCGGCGGUGGUGUUAACGGCUCGGCCAUUCUAGGCGGGGGCAGGCCAGACUUGGUUUCUACCACUUCUGCCAACAACCUGUUUAUGUCAAGCUUUGUUUCAAGUCAUAUCCCUCAGCCAAAACUCAGGAAACUGCUGCACUUCACAAAGCCAACCAACACGCUUUUCACGCUGGCACAGGAAAUUGUGGAGAGAUGCGACAAACUAUACCCAAACUUGGCGCAGCCCGUGGAGGUCCUGACGCUGCAGGACUCCAACGAGUGCGAUCUUGACCCCGACUAUCUUGUCAAGGACGUAUUUAUCGUCGAUAACGUUGUCCGCGCGGUGUUGAGGAACGAUAUCGAGAUCGCCGAGGAGGACCCUCAAUCCUUGUACUCUGUGAAACGGAGGCGUCUGAACAGCUCUGCGCCUAGCUCGGGCGGCCAGUCGAACGUCCUUCACAUUGCCAAGAAGCGGCCUCAUAUGUUGCGAAACUCAGCCGCAAUGCGUGUUUCCACGCCGCUAGCAAACCAAAUCUACCCUCCCGCAGGAGGGAGACAAGUCAACUCAGACUACGAAGACGAGGAUGUUGGAGAUCGGUCUGUCUUGCCUCCGCCACAGCCGCAGUCGCAACCUAUCCGCAUCAGCUCUGGCGUUGACAGUGCCAAGAAAAUAAAUUUCAACGAAGAUACCGUUUCGAGAUCCGAGGCAGUAGACCCUGAUAAAUCAAGGCAACAACGGUUGCCUUCCGGAACACCUAUGCGCAGCAUUAACAACAAGAACGCCAUGACGCCUGAGAGGUCUAAUGCCCAAGGACAAAGUGCGGCGGCUGAAUUGACUAGCAAGGUGUCCGCUACGCCGCUUGCUACAAACAAUAGAAUUACAUCUGGUAUGCUGAGAAUACCAGAACCAAAAAUAUCUGAAGUUGAGAACGAGCUGAGACAGGGCCCCGCAAGCCCCUCUGCAGAGCUCCCGGCUCGCCCUGACCGCAUUCCCAUGAAGAAACAACAGCUUCCUCAGUCAGACGAUGAUGAACAAUCCGACCCUUCCGCUGAGGAGGAGCCAGUCUUGGCUGAACUUAACAACCAGCAUUUUGAGCCCGGUUUGAAAAAUUCUGCUUCCCGUCAGACGUCCAUUGCUGAUAACAACGGAUCUCCUAUCAAAGAUGGGAACAAGAUCGGUAACGUGAACUUGGCGGAAUUGCCACAGGUUGGGAGAAGAGCUACACGCAAAUCUUCCCUCGAGAGCAAGGUUGAAUCCCUCAUCAAGAGCGCAACAAACCUAUCUGAAGAGGCAAGAGAGGACAUGCAGCGGCGCAAGGAAGAUUCCAAUAACGCAAGAAGGAAGGACACUUUUUCAGAUGAAGAUGAGGCUGAGGAAGGUCCUCUUCAGGACGACCCUAACGACACCGUUCGGGUUAACCAUUUGGAUAGCGCCAAUACAAGCUUCCAAAAAUCUGAACUGUUGUCCAUGCUCAAGGGAAACAAGUUCAAUAUUCCUUCUGAUUUUAACAAGAGAUCGCUGAGAUCGAACAGGGGCUUCGUCGAUAACGUAGUUCAAAAACCUGAUACCAACCCUAAAGAUGUGAUAAACCAACGAGUCCAAAGAGGUGCCGCAAGGAAAGCCUCCGAGCUGCUCUCCUCGGGCCAAUCAAGAGCUCAAGAACCGUCUUCUGAAAGCGAUGAUGAGUCAAGUGGUAUCGAAACUGACAGGAGUGACAGUGGCAAAAUUACAGUGCUAGAAAACGAGGCCUUGAAAAAGCUCAAUAUCCAUCCGCUGAAGGAGCGAGUUAUUGGAGAAGAGCGUAAGGAGCAGUCUAAACCUGAAAAGGAAAUACUUGAACGCACUUCUGUUAUUUCGUCUGUUGAACCCCAGCCAGAUCGGGAAGAACUGCCUGGUCCUGGUGUUUCUAGAGGCGUUAAGCGUUCUGCUGCGAAAAUUCCUAAAAGCUCUCAGCCUGCAACCAACGAACCCGCGAAGGCAGCAAAUGGCAAGGGGAUUAAAGGCAAAUCUUUGGCCAACAAAACUCAGAAGCCAGAGCCCCCUAGCGCUGUAAGCUCUUCUUCGUCACAAGACUCGUCGCCAGCUUCUGGUCAAACGGAGACCUCGAGCGAACAUCCUAACACUAUUCAAAAGUCGCCAUCCCGAGAGGAAGUCUCCUCGAAAUUAAUGAAAGCCAUCUCUCCUGCUCCAGGGGACCUCGAAACCAAGGCUUAUCAAAGUCCGGAAUUUAUUGAAGACUCUGAUGAAAAUGAGCUCACGAGCGAAAAGGCCUCCGCCAGCGAAGCGUCGAUUCCUUCUAAGGACCAGCAGAAAAAGCUUCCUCCAUCUAUUUUAAAGAGGAAGGAGGAAGCUGAGAAAAGGAGAAAGGAAAGAGAAGCAGUCAGAAAAGCGCGGGAUGAAGAAAAGGCGAAGAUUAAGGCCGAGAAAGAAGCCAAGAAGAGGGAAAAGGAGGAGGCUAUUGCACACAAAAAAGCAGAAAGAGAAGCUAAGAGAAAACUUCGGGAAGAAGAGGCCGCGAAGAAAAAAACGGAACGGGAGUCCCGUUCUGGUGCAAAAGGACCUCGUGGUGCUUCCAAGCAAACCACAAAACCUGUGAAAGAAAGUAAGCCAGCCGAUGAGAAUAUAACUUCUGCCAAAGCAGCGGAUAGCGGCACUAACGAGAAGCCAGUCACCUCAAAUCCACCAGAAAUUGGCAGCUCGAAGUCUCAAAAUCAUGUGGACGAUAAGAACACAGGCUCUUUGAAGCCCCAAGACUUAGCCCAGUACUUCGCUACAUCUGACAAAAACAAAACAACUGCUGCUCAAAAAAACACUCCAACCAGCUCACAGGUUGCCGAAACCACUGAUGAAAAUGAUACAAAAUUAGAGAAAUUAAAGUCUCAGUUCGCGUCAGGUAAGCCUCAAUCAGCUGAAAGUAAGGUCAAAGCUCCUAUGGAGCCAAGCACCCACUCUCAAAUAUCCCCUGAGACUUCUACUAGCUCUGAGUUGCCUGAUGAGGACAGUUCCUCUAAUGAUAACGAGUCCUCGGGUGAUGAUUCGUCAGAGGAUGAGUCCACACUUAACACAAAAACUCGGAGAGGUAUAGUCGACACUCCCAAAGGUGCUAUUAUUUCUAUUCCAAAAAGAGGGCAGAAGGAUGAAUUCUCAGGUGUUGAAAGUGCCCCACAAUCCACCCAGACAGCACUCGACAACAAGUCACCUGAAAAGACUCCAGCCAAGGUUCCAGUCACAAGAAUGAUGGAGAUGUCAUCACCAGCAGCCGCCUCAAAAUCGCCCUCUUCACCUAAAGUCACCAAAAAGCCAGAAUCAAAGCCAAGCAGGUCUUUAAGCUCGUUGUCAGAUUUGGUUUCUCGAGGUGUUCCUGAAGUCAAAGAAGUAUCGAUGAAGAGUGCAACUCCUCUUCGCUCAUCUACCGGAAAAGAAGUAUCUAGCGACGAUCAAAGCGAAGAUGAUUCUGAACAGAGCGACAGCGACGAUAGCGAAAGCAGCGAUGGCUCCUCUGAUGGUGAGGGUUCGAAUUUCAUAAGCGCUAAAUCAGCCAGUAAGGCGUUGGGCAGAAAUAAAAAGUCGCAUAGUGGGUUUGCCUCAUUGGUCAAAGACUCCAAAAAGAACUAA